UGCUGCUUGUUGGGAGCUGUGUUAUUGGGACUAACCUAGUUCUAUUUUGUCAUCAGGACAUAUAAGACGUUUUGUUAAUGCAAUUAAAUAUUAGUUACGCGCGUUGAUAUAUAAUUAUGUCUCGUGAAACACAGCGAUGCUGCUGUUCCAGUGAGUUUGAAUUGAUAGAUUGACCAUCAUCGAGUAAUUUUUCAAAUCAAGUUUCAUUCACAUUGAUGUUUCGCGUGUGUCGUAACCAACACACAGGAAGAGAGGGGUAACGCAACUGUAGAAAAAGUUUAAAAAAAAAAAAAGAGCAGUCAUCAAAAUGGGCAACACAGUUGCAUCAGCCGCGGAUGUAGCAAAAACCGAGGCUAAAACAUCACCGUCAAUAUCAGAGUGUCCUGUUCAUAACAAAAGCGCACCCGUACCCCAGGCCCCUCAACAAGGCGAGUGUCCAGUUAAUCAUGGUGCUCCCAUAAAUCCUUUGAAUAUGAUGCCACCCGAGAAUCAAAAUCCAGCACCGGAUCAGCCCUUCCCCCUAUCAAAGGAGAGACAAAUGUCUUCAAUCCCAAAAGCCACUGAAGAAGGUGCCUUCUGGGUGUACCCAUCACCACAGAUGUUCUGGAAUGCUAUGCUUCGCAAGGGCUGGCGCUGGAGAGAUGAGGAAGUCUCGCCAAAAGAUAUGGAUGACAUCAUUAAAAUUCACAAUGCCAACAAUGAACAGGCUUGGCAAGAGGUACUCAAAUGGGAAGCUUUGCACGCGUUUGAAUGUACCACUCCCAAGUUGCGUAGCUUUGGUGGCAAGGCUAAGGACUAUUCGCCACGUGCUAGGAUUCGCUAUUGGCUAGGAUACAAUUUGCCAUUUGAUAGGCACGACUGGAUCGUUGAUAGAUGUGGUAGAAAUGUCAAGUACGUGAUUGAUUAUUACGAUGGUGGAGAGCUCGAUGAUAAGUAUAAAUUUGCACUGUUGGACGUCAGACCGGCCAUGGAUUCCUGGGAAAACGUGUGGGAUCGCAUGAAGGUCGCGUGGUGGCGAUGGAGAUACGAGGGCAAGGAAAAUACGGAUUUAAAAAGUUAAAAAUUGCACUUUGUAGAUAGACAGUAAGGUUCACACAGAUUACAGUUUUUUUUCUUCUUGUUUCCAUAAAUACUCGAGUGGCCAUGAAAAAAUUCAACUUUAAUGCAAUCUAAGGUUUGCCUAACCUUGAACGAUGUUGCAAUUUUACCGAUUAAUUACCUAAUUUUGGUACCAUUUUUUGAAAUUCAUUACAAUGAAAUUAUGUAUUGUAAAUAAGAUUGCAAAUAUAGUAGAUAAAAAAUUCUAAUGUGUCAUCUAAAAGUUUUAUGUUUCAAAAUUAACUAAAAUUUAACUGUUGUAGCGUUACAUAACUUGUUAUAUAGCCAUUGAGUCAAUUAAAUGAUCUACUUCUUAGACAAACUAAUGAUCGGUUUUUUCAUUUUCAAAAGACAUUAAAAUUGUAAAUUUAUUAUGUAAUGUAAUUAUGUAA